AUGACAAGUUCUAUCAUUACGGAUAUUAUUCUUGACCUUCCCUUCGAUGAUAUUGAAAAAGCAGGCCUACUCAGUUUUUUCACUGACAGAGAUGCAAGUAAAGUAGAAACGGUUCUUUCAAAAAUCACGAAAGACGAGAUUAAAGCUGAAUAUUUAAGGGAAUAUGUCAAAUCAAAUGAUGAACAUCAAGGUAAGCCUUUGCGUCAUAAUGAUUGGUCAACUCGUCCUAAUAAAAGGAGACGCCGUUUGGAAAACCACUGGAAAUUAUACAUCGCUGCCGAUAGCGUGCCCAUUGAACUGCCGUCCGUAAUAAUUAAUAUGCUUACGGACAGCCAAUUCGAGCCAGAUUCUCGUUCAGAAUUUACCGAAAUGUUGAAUAAUGUAAUGGUCGGAAGCCGAAUUAUGGCCAAGAAUCUUGGACAACAGCCAAAGCACUUCACAGAGGGGUACCAGGGCGAGCAGUUCUUAAUCACUAAGCAGAUGAUGGACGUUUGGCAAGAACUUGAUGUCGACAAUAAAUAUAAGCAUUCGAUUAAAAAAAUCUUAUCAGGACCGGUUGGGGUAGGAAAAUCAUACCUCGCUUGGUUUCUCGCGGCCAAGGCGUAUGCAAAUAGCUGGAUAUUGCUCUAUGUUGCUGAUGCCUCUGAACUAAACACCAACAAUGAUAGAGGAGCAGUAAACCAGAUCUGCAAGCGCUUUUUUGCGCUUAAUAAAGAUAUUUUAACUUCCACCGACCUUGAGCUGUUAUUAGAAUUUGUCAAUUAUGAUGAUCUAGAUACUGAUAUUAUGGAAGAAUCUCUAUUAAUCGUUGAUGAGCACGGGGCGCUGUUUGAUAGUAAUAUUCCGGUACCUGAUCGGUUAACGUCUUUGUCACCUUUGAAGAGUCUUACCUAUUGGGGUGAAUCAAUGGAUAGAACACGUGUCAUUUUUACGGGCACUGCCCAUGCGCGAUUCGAAAAGGUUUACCUUAAAAACGGAAUGCAGGGUUGGGUUAUCUAUGUUGCUCCGAUGUUACCAGAAACUUUCGAACAGUUGCUAAUUACAGUCUCCUCACGAUUCCAUUCAACUGUUCGUGAUUAUGUGUCUAUUAUUAAAGAAGAAGUGCUGAAAAUAACCAACUGUGUACCGCGCGAACUCAAUGUUUUAGCUAGAAUGAUUGGAACCGUUCCUCGUAGUCUAGAUGAGGUCAGGGAAACAAUGAAACGUUAUGAAAUUAACCGACGUUCAGAAUUUUAUGAUAUUGCGAGAACAUAUUAUGACUCUCUUCCAACAAUCUCCAAAAAUGAAACUCGUCUGGCCCUCGCAGACAUAUUCCUACCUGGAAAAACUCGAAAAACUUCACGAUUUGAGUGGGAAUUUUUGGACUUUGGAUUAAUAUAUCGAAUUAAAGAUGUUAAAGAUAAAAGUAUAGAGUUUCGCAACCCAAUUUGUCCAUCAGCAAAAGAAGCGUUAUUGGAUUUGUACAAAAACUGUCCGCUACCUGAAGCUUAUCUUAAUUCUCUUGCUCGGGACAAUUUAGAUGGUGCACAGUUUGAAGACAUUUUAUUUCAACAACUUAUGAAACUUCCCAAGUUGGUGCUUAAAACAACAGAUAUUGCUGGGAAAAAUGGGCUUGACUUGCGUUUGGACAUUAAAGGAUUUGACUUGCUCCAAAAAUCAUCCAAAAGUUAUGAUAAGGAUAUUCUAGUACGUUGUUAUGUUGGAUAUCCACGGUAUGAUUUUAUACUUGGAUAUAUGUUCUUUCAAGUGUCCAUAAGCGACUUCGUUACACAUAACACGAGAUACGCAAAUAUUGAUCUCUCUUUUGAUCAACGGGAUAAUGGUGGUAGAAAUCAGAUAGAAAACUAUCUGGAUGGGGCAUUUGGUGGUAUUCAUAAGGCUGAGAUCAAUAAAACGACGGAAUACAUCAAGAACAAACCAAAAACACGUAAAAAAUUCGUGGUUUCAAGAGAUGGUAAGGCCUGUAAAGACUUUAAAAUUAUCUAUGUUUGUGGAAGUCCUGGUAAAGCUAAUCAUAUACACAAGGUUGAUGAAUACCCAGAUGUGCGUCACAUCUCUUAUGAUGAG